UGUUUAUGUAGCUCCAUGUUGCAACCACGACACGAUUACUGCCUUUAUGCGUGUGAUGCCCCAAAGCUAACUUCCUGUUUCUGCAAGCAGAGAUACCGUAUUUUUGCAAUGACAGGUGUUGGGCCCAAGUGCUGAUUAAAAUACGCACACAACCAUAUUAUCAUUCUUUACAGACACGGCAGUUACGUUACUUUCGGUUUCCUGUUGUCUUACUAGUUAUGACCUUCCGCUGUGCCUUUGCGUGCGGUCUGUAAACAUGCCCGUUGACUGAAGAAGGCUGGGCUUUUUGGUAUUCUGUCAGAUGCAUAUCAGCUUCAGAAGUGAGGAGACGAUACUGAGAAAUCAACUUACCCUUGCUUGCAGUCUCAUUCCCACUACCCUCGAUACAACUUCCUGGUCUAGGAGUAGUCACAGACCCUGUAACCACAGGUCAUAGCAAUUAUGGUAUUACAUGCCUGCUAUACAAUUCACAUCCUGGAUAUAACUGUCUAUAUCCCAGCAGAAGGCAGUUACAGAUGUUCCAAAUUAAAAACUCAGAAAGAUGACUCUUUGCUCUGUACGUCAGUUAGGAAACUGCUUCAGACAGAAUUAUUGCACCACACUGAACAAAUGUAUUAGCACAUGUAGUGCGUACAGCAUGUCUUCAAAGUCUCAUUAUGGGAUGUGGAGGAACCACAUAAUACAACACCAGAGGACGCUGAACUCUGAGAGCAUCCCUGACAGGUUUUCUUUCAUGACCAUCCCCACUAAACUGUCUUACAACAAUGGGAAUCAAAAGCAGAGAGCAACUGAGUUUGUCAGACACAUCCAAGGCAAUUGUACUUCUAAGAAUGAGAGCUCUUCUGGGCCUCAUUUGUUGUUUUCUAAGCUUUUGAUGGAAGAAAUGGCAUUUUCGGAAUGCAGGUCAUACUCUUUUCAGCUACCUCAAAAUGUGUUCAUUACUAGAAGAGCUUGUGAGUGCAGCAGGAACUUUCACACAUCCUCGCGUUCCCUUGCAUUUCCUACUCCUUUACUCUUCUUGAUUCUAAAACCAGUCAAAAAACUGACAGCAGUCAUUCUUGGCAGGAGUAUACAGAAAUGGUGGAAGGCCCUUCCUCCUAACAAAAAGCAAUUGUUCAAGGAAAGUGUGAAGAAGAACAAAUGGAAGAUAUUCCUGAGUAUCAGUGGACUUUGCCUUGGCUUUGUAGUUUUCUAUUUUACUCAUCUGGAUGAAAGUCCCAUUACAGGACGCAGAAGACUGUUGGUUAUCAAAAAAGAUACAUUUGAAGAACUGUCUCAGUUUGAAUAUAAGCUGUGGAUGGAUGAUUAUAAUGAUAAAAUGCUGGUGGACACAGACCCGCGAUAUCAAGCAGUUGCAAUACUCAUCAAACACUUAAUUGAAAGUAACAAGGAUAUCCCACAACUCUCUGAGAUGAAGUGGACUGUUCAUGUUGUUGAUCAGCCAGACAUUAAUGCCUUUGUGCUCCCGAAUGGUCAGAUAUUCGUUUUUACUGGUUUGCUGGACACUGUAUCAGAUAGUCAUCAGCUCUGCUUUAUUCUUGGACAUGAACUGGCUCAUGCUUUAUUGGAACAUGCAGCAGAACGAGCGAGCUUAGAACAUUUUGUGAGUUUCAUAUCCCUAAUUGUUCUGACAAUGAUAUGGGCAGUUUGUCCUCGAGAUAGCUUAGCUAUUUUGGGCCACUGGAUCCAAGGCAAGUUAGUUAAGUUUGCUUUUGAUAGACCGUACAGUAGGAAGCUAGAAGCUGAAGCAGACAAGAUUGGACUUCAGCUUGCUGCCAAGGCAUGUGCGGAUGUCAGGGCAAGUACUGUGUUCUGGCAACAGAUGGAGCUGAUGGAAACUUUGAAAGGCCAGUAUAAAAUGCCUGAAUGGCUUUCAUCACAUCCCUCUCAUGAAAGAAGAGCUGAACAUCUGGAAAGAUUAAUACCCGAGGCUCUGAAAUUAAGGGAGAAGUGCAAUUGUCCUAGUCUUCCUUCACAGGAUCCUCGUUUGGUUUUCAUGCAUACUGUUCAACAUCUGAUUGAGAAAAUUAAAGAGAGAGAGCAAGCUGAAAAGGCAGUUAACUCAGAUAAACCCACUGAACAGAAACCAGAUCUUAUCCCUCUUGGGUUGAUAGACAGUCUCUCAGGACGUUUUUCCUCUCAGACUCUCCAAGACAUACGUGUUGAUACGUCUAAAUGAGCUCAAAACUAGAUAAAUAAAAAGAUCUUGUAUAAUAAUUAAAA